GGAGGCUUCGCCAAGCCCGACAACAAGGCACGCGUGGUGGAGGAUGCUGAGACGCCGGAGUGCGCCGACGAGACCGAGGAAGUCUUCUUGCUGGCCAUAGGCAAAGGCAUCAGCGAUGGCGGCGCCACGCGGCCCGUCAUGGGCGACAAGGCGCGGGCGCAGUGGGAGGAGCUACUUCGUUCGAGGCAGUUGCUGCAUGAGGUCGAGGACAGCAAGAGCGACCGACGCUUCCGAUUCGGAGACGGCAGGGCGCUGGAGGCCAAGCAAAUUGUGACGCUGACGGCGCGGCCGUUCGGCGUCAAGAAGCAGAUCGCGACCCAUCCCAUCGAAGGUUGGGCGCCGCUGCUCAUCGCGCGACCCUGCAUGGAAGAGCGAGGCUUGAUCCGAGAUCACCGAGCUGGAGCGUUCACGAUGAAGGAUCUCCCCGACAAGCGCUGGAUGAAGUCCGAGCGCGACGAGAUGGACCAUUUCAUCAUCGACCUGUUGGGCGAAGCUGGGGGCGACGCCGACGACGCCAUGAACGAGGGGGCACCCGCCGACGGCGAGGACAGCAGCGGCGACUCGACGGACAAAGACACUGAAGGAGAUUCGGUCAAGGGCGACGACGGGGGCUCGUCGGCGCCUGACCCCGACACUUUCUAUUUCGAGACACGGACGGAGUUCCACGAGAUCGGCAGCGACGACGAGGCCCUGGCCACGGGAGAGGCCGCGGGCCCGGAGCGCCACCCGAUCGACGCGGACACCCACUCGGACUUGGUCCUGGCGCCGGAGCAGGCGGCGCUCGACAUGAAGGACACGCUGCGCGGGCCGCGCAAGCGGCUGGUCUGGGAGGUCUUCGUGGACCAGGGGGUGAUCAGGUUCAGGAUCGAGGAGGGCUGGGACUUCUCCGAGCCCGCCGUGAUCCGCGACUUCCUGAACAAGAUCGACAACGACAAGCCCGGCGAUAUCUUCUUCGCCCCCACCUGCAAGCGCGGGCGCCCCUGGCAGCGCGCGAACGAGAAGAUCUCUGUGGAGCGCGCCAAGGAGAGCAAGGGCGCCAGGGGGCGAGAAGAAAGGUCAGGGGCAAAGUACAAGAUCCAGGGCAAGGACGUGCCAUGCAAGAAGCCCACGAGACUGCAGUCGACCAACAAGGAGUUGAUCCAUCACAUGACCCCGGCAUGCGCGCGCACGGAGGACCACGUGAUCUUGCGGGGCAAGCUCGCCCAGCAGGCCCAGAACUACCUUGGACCGAUGGCGAGGAUAAUGACCUACCUGAUCGCCUACCAGGGCAUGGCCGACAACAUCAGCGACAUCAACGCAGCCGAGAAGGUCUUGAAGGACAUCGAGGCCAUCGAGUACACCGACAUGAUGCAGGGGCCCACGAAGCGGCCCAACGCGUCGACGAUCCGAGCAGCCAAGCAUGCACAUGUCAGCCUGGACCACCUUUCGAACGCAGCGCUGGCGGUCGCCAUGCAGCAUGCGGGUGCCCCGGCAGAGUGGACCCAGUGCGCCGGGCUCUCCCAGUGCGAGAUCUGCCUGGGCAGGCAGAGGCCCCGCGCGAUUCGCGUCGCAGUGCUGCCGACGACCCAGAGGUUCAACGAGGUGAUCCGCACCGACGUGCACUACAUCACGCGGAAGCAGAAGGAGAGGGAGAUCUUGGAGUCGAAGCUAUGGGAGAAGCUCUGGAUCAGCUGGGCCGGCAAGCCUGAGACGAAGCGCAUGGACAUGGGAGGCUCGCACGCGGCCAAGCGCACGCACGACUGGAUGAGCAACGAGCUCGACCUGAUCCCGAGAGGUGCGCACCACAGGUUAGGCCUGAUGGGGCGGAACCACGCGGCCAGCAUGGCACAGCCGAGCAAGUGCCAUCUACGGUCCCCCGACGACCCGCUCAAGACCGCCCCCAGGAUGACCGCCAGCCAGCAGAACACCCUGAGGAACGCGCGCGGGUUCGGGCCCGCGGCGCUGGCGUUGGGGGCGCAGCCCAAGAUCCUGGGCGCCCUCUGCGACGAAGACUUCGGCCUGUCGGAGCAGGCCGCGCUGGUCGACCCCAAGGGCGAGGUGCGCGAUGUGAUGAUAUGGAGGGCGACCGCCGCGACAGCCUUCAUCGAGGCCAACUGCUCGCGUGCCGCGCGAGCGGCGCUGCUG